UCUCACGAUCUCUGCCGCCUCAGAUUCAGUCGAUAUCUCUCUCAAUCCCUGCCUAUUCUUUUACUGUGUUGAUAUGUAGCUAUCAUCGACUGCCGAUUACCUCCGACCACACUUUCUUCUAUCGUGUCGACGACACCAGAGAGUUCUAUUAACGAUGUUGGAGCUCCCCUCUCUCUCACCGAUCGUUAAUGAAACAUGAUGUUUGGUUUCAGAUUUUCUUUUUGCUUCAAUGAUCAAAUCAUCAAAGCAGAGGCGGAACACAUUCUAUCAAAGCAAGGCAGUUGAUUUGUGCUGUUUAGAGUCUCAUAAGAAUGAUCACACGUAUUGUGUGUAUUUCUGCACUAAGGGCCAAGGGAGAUAUGGGUGCCAUCAUUCAAAGUCUCUUUUAUGUUACUAAUGUUUUACAAACUUCUGAAGUUGUGCUGUGUUUGCUCCAAUGUAUCCUAGUGGAACAUGACCAUUUUAUCUGCAAGCACAAGAAAACACCAUCCUCGAUGUUCACCAUCCUCGAUGCGCAGAUCAGUACUUGGCUGAUUAAAGGUUUUUUGGGAAGGUUGGAGUUUCGCUUGGUACAUAUUUUUCGGGAAGCAAAUGAAGUAGCUGAUAGACUUGCUGGGCAGCCUGCUGUGGGUAGAAAUUCUGUGGAUUAUUCGGUGGGUUUGCAGCUGCCUUGUGAGGUUUUUUUGGCUUUUCGUUCUGAUCAGCUGGCACUUCCUGUUUUGCGCAAGAGGAAGAGAGUUGUUUUCGAUGAUAAGGGCUCAGGCAGACUGCGUGAUCCUUAUUGA